UCCACCCUCCUCCCUCUCGCUCUUUCUCUUACUCUCAGGAUUGACCAAUCGUCUCGUCAUCCUCGAACCCUCGAUCGAAACUGACAGGUAAUCAACAACGAAUGGUGCAGGUUCAACAACAUAGUUUUUGGAGGGUUCGAUAUCAUGUCAGAUGGGGUUGAUGCUGGUGGCGGGGAAAACGAGGUAGAUUCCCAUUCCUGUUCACACGCCGAUGUUGGAGAAUCUUCAAAUCCAAGAGAAGAGGAGAGCUUGGAUCCAGAUAAUGAAGCUGCCUUAAAUACUAAUUAUGAUAGUGGCGAUGGUGCUGUACCAGCUUUUAGGUGUGAAAGGUGUGAAAACUAUGAAACUAUAAAUAAGACAGCAUUCUGCGCUCAUCAGGAUCAAUGUCUAGCUAAUGCUGAGCCAGGAGAAAGCACAGAAAACAUAGAAGCUACUGAAAAUGAUGGAGAUGGAGAAGAAACACAUUCUGGAAUUCGUUCGCACAGAAAAAUGUUUGAAUGUGAUGUUUGCAAUAUGCAAUUUUCUAAUGGAGCUAACAUGAGACGACACAAGAUGAGACAUACUGGUGUGAAACCAUAUGAGUGUCGUGUGUGUCAAAAAAGAUUUUUUCGUAAGGAUCACUUGGCAGAACAUUUUACAACACAUUCUAAAACUCUGCCAUAUCACUGUCCAAUUUGCAAUCGUGGUUUCCAAAGACAAAUUGCUAUGAGAGCUCAUUUUCAAAAUGAACAUGUUGGUCAGCAUGAUAUGGUCAAAUCUUGUCCCUUGUGCAAUUAUCGUGCAGCAACUAUGAAGUGCCUCAGGUUACACUUUUUUAAUAGGCAUGGAAUAGAUCUGGAUAAUCCAGGACCAAAUAGUUCAAGUUCACUGAUAAAUAGUUGUGCUCCAGGUGAAGCUAUGCCUUCUGCUCCUCUUUCAGAUAGUGGAGACAGCACUGGGAAUCGUUCGGCGGAUAAUGCAACUCCGCCAAUGCAUUUUCUAACACCUCACAUAGAAAUAUCAAUUCCUUAUCCAGAACAAACUGCAAGUCAACGAAAUCCAAGUCCUGCUCCUUUAAAUGGGGAUAGUCCAAAUAGUCCUCAAAGUGCAGAUAGUAACAGUAAUGCUCCAAGUAGUAGUCAUCAUCAGUUACCUAUUAACAGUAGUAGCAUUCACAGGAGCCUUGGUGGAAGUGAAGAGGCAAUUACACCUUCUAUUUCAUUAAUUCCUAUUAAACAAGAACCAAACAGCAAUGGAACAGAGGAGAAUGGAGCAACAUCUAGCAAUCUUCCAUUACCAUCUUUGAUAAAGGUCUCACCACUAAAAUCUCUUCUUCGAGACGAUUUACGCCGUAAACUUUCAUCUGGUUGUAAUAAUAGUGCAAAUUCAAAUCCUCACUCAAGAGGAGAACCUCCUAGUUCGACGAGGCCCGAUCAGCGAAGUAGUGGACUUCAAUGCGCUCAUUGCAGAAUUACCUUCCCUGAUCAAACAUUGUAUUUUCUUCACAAAGGUUGUCAUAGUGAAAGCAAUCCCUGGAAAUGCAACAUUUGCGGAGAGCAAUGUUGCAACUUAUAUCAAUUCAAUUCGCAUUUAUUAAGCAAGAGUCAUCAGUAG